AUGGAAUUAUUGUUGGAAAAAUUGGUUAAAGGUCAGUUUGAGAUUACAAAAAGGUUGGAUCGGAUGGAUACUCGCCAAAAUAUGGUUGAAAAUCAGUUAGCAAAUCAACCAUCUAUAUCAAGUACUAAAGUCACAGGUAAGUUGCCAGCUAUGCCCGAAAAACCAAGAGAACACAUGAACGCCGUCACCACUAGGAGUAGGAAGCAACUAUUGGACCCACCAUAUCCUAAUGGGGAACAAGUUGUCAAGAAGAAUCUAGAAGGUGAAAAUGAGAAAGUGAAUGAGGGUGUUAUUGCUCAAGAUAAGGAAGAUGAGAUACAAGAAAUUGAACCCGUAAAGAAGCAUACACCACCUCUACCCUUCCCACAAAAAUUCCAGAAAUCUAGGGAAGAGGAAAGAAGAGCAAACUUCUACAGUUUGAUCAAGCAACUGGAUAUCACCAUUCCUUUUAUUGAUGCAGUGACCGAGACUCCCUCGUAUGCUAAGUUUUUGAAAGAGAUUUUAUCCAACAAGAGGAGAGCUGAGAAUCGUGAGACAGUAGCAGUAAGUGAAGAAUGUAGUGCUUUAAUUCAAAACAAGCUUCCUCCAAAACUUAGGGAUCCUGGGAGUUUCUCUAUCCCUUGUGUUAUUGGAGGAUCACUUGUUCAAAAAGCUUUAUGCGAUUUAGGGGCAAGUGUGAGUUUGAUGCCUUAUUCUUUGUGUCAAAAGCUGCAACUUGGAGAGCCAAAACCUACAUCCAUAACUCUUCAGUUGGCAGACAGAUCAGUGAAAUAUCCUAUCGGAAUUCUGGAGGAUGUGCCAGUGAAGAUUGACAAAUUUUACAUUCCGGGAGACUUCGUGGUUUUAGAGAUGGAAGAAGAUGCUAAAAUUCCUAUUAUCCUUGGGAGACCAUUCUUGGCAACCGCUGGAGCUAUAAUCAAUGUCAAAAAAGGAACCUUAGUUCUUGAGAUUGGAGAAGAUAAAGUUGAAUUUAAUGUUUUUGAAUUGGCUAACAAAUCUUCUUGUCUUGAUUCUUGCUUUUAUGUAGACGAAAUCGACUCAUGUAUUGCAACUUAUGAGAGGGGUAAAUGGAUCUCCAAUGACCCUUUACAACUUGAAGGUGAAGAUUCUACAAAGAGGUGA